ACUUUGAAAUGAGUUUGUUAUGCCGCCAACUCAGACCGCGAAUUUAUUCCAAUGUGAACGAGAAGUUUUUCGUGUUUUUUCUUCUUGUUAAUUUAUUUUCGAUAGAAAUUAAAAUGAACGUGCAAAACAAGUAACGAACAGUAUAUAUAUUUAACAGAAUACAUGGAGACUAAUGGAGAUUUAUCCAGGCCCGUUGGUGGUGCCCAAGGGCGCCUUCGAUCUGAAAGGCUAUGGGACACCCUGACCCAUAGCCUUAAUGCCAUAGGCAAUGGCUCAACAAAAACAACCAAAAAGUGGAAAAAAGUUUGGGCGGAUCUAAAGUCAAAAACUAAGAAGAAGGGGCUUAGAAUCCGCCUAGCUGCCAAUGGCACAGGCGGUGGGCCACAUGAUGGUCAGUCGCUGUCGGCACUUGAUCUCAGAGUGCUGGCUAUCAUGGGCCUACUGGCUGUCCAAGGCCAAGAGGCUGUCCAAGAGCUGGGUUUUACCAACAUUAAUCUCAUUGAAAGACCUGUAGACAUCCAGGCAGAGCCAGCCAACAUAGAGCAAAUUUUUGUAAAUGAAUACUCCCACCACCAUCACCACAAUCACCACAGAUGAUGUCGACGGAAGACAUACAAUAUAAUAUAAUAGAGCCAACUAAUCCAAGACCAUCUACAUCCACGGGGAGGCCCGCCGAUGUAGGCGGUCCUAGAUUAGUACCAUCAGCACCUGCGGAAAUAACAUAUACUUCCCGUCAUUUGUCUUUGUAAA